AUGGUGAAUAAUGAAUGGAUAAAUGGACCUUUAGAACCAAACGUUGGUGUCAUCUGGUUAGGAGAAGCAGCUUCUCGAGUAACACAAAAUCGACUUAAACCAGGCAUCCAUCGAGUUAUUUAUCCUCAAAAAUCGAAAUGUCGACUUACCAUCUGGUAUGAAGUAUGUACAGUUGAACAAUUAAAAAAUAUAAGCACUGAUCAGGAAGAUGAAAUAAUGGCUGAUGGAACCGUUAAAUUUGAAAGUCUUCUUGGAUUAGCUCCAAUAAAUGUUGUACCUGGUGAGACAAAACUAGAAUUUUUGAAACGAGUUGAAAUGGCACAUGGCUUAUCCAUGAGUAAAGUGGGUCCACCGUAUUAUGUACUUGAAAAGCAUGACAUUUCAUAUCCGACAAAUGGUUUGAAAACUGAAUAA